ACGAUACAACUAGGUACUGUCCAUCAUAGGGCUCGGCCCCAACGGACAAUAAUCAAGGAUACCGCGGCCGCAGGUGGGCAUUCUAUAAAUUUCUGUAGAACAGGGACACUGUGCAUCAUUGAUUCUUAGCCCCCUCCUACAAUCCAUAUAGGCUCUUUCAACUUUCGCAUUCCUCAUCAUAAACUAUAUUUUGCAGGCUAUGGAUGCUCGUCCAAAGGUGAUAUACCUCACAGACACUAUGAUUAACUGGCCCUGGCCUCGUACCAUCAAUCCUCAUUUCGAAGAUGUGAAAGCUGAAGUCGAUGCUUCGGUCCGUGAUAUUACUCUGAGUCCUGAGUUCCAGGCGUCACACGUUAAAUGCGAUAUCGCCCGCCUAGCAGCACUGGCUUAUCCAAACGCACCAAGAGAUUACUUUCGAAUCGGCUGUGAUUACAUGACUGUAUCCUGUCUUUUCGAGUGCUGCACCGAUACGGAAAAUGAGACGGUCACAAAGGAAAUGGCAGACAUCGUACUCGAUGUCCUACACAAUCCUCACAAGAUACGACCAGAAGGCGAAUGCAUCGUUGGCGAAAAAGUGCGACUGUUUUGGGUCCAUGCAAUCCAAUUCGCAAGCCUGCCUUCUCAACGUCACUUCCUUGAAACCUUUGGUGCACACCUUCGUGCAGUGGUUGUCGAGGCUCGUGAUCGUGAACAAGGCCAUAGGCGCAGUAUUCAUGACUACCUGAAGCUCCGGCGGAAAACGAUUGGUGUAACACCAUGUUUAUUGAUAUACGAAAUGGGGAUGGACCUUCCUGAUGAAGUGUUCCACCAUCCCGUCAUCAGGGAUCUUGUCGAAUGCAUUACAGACUUAAGUUCAAUCGACAAUGACAUGAUCUCGUACAACAAAGAGCAAGCGGCUGGGAACGAAGGCCAUAACUUGAUCAGUGUUAUCAUGUUGGAACUUGGCCUCGACGUAGGCGGUGCAAUGGCUUGGGCAGCGCAUUAUCACGCUGGAGUUCAGGAACGAUUUAUCGACGGUCUUUCCAAGGUUCCUUCAUGGGGGCCUUUCGUCGACGUCCUAGUCAACGAGUACCUCGACGGAUUAAAAAACUGGCCUCGAGCAAACCAUUCUUGGAGCUACGAGAAUCGAAGGUACUUUCCCAUCGAGAACGUGGAGAUAGUACAACAAACCAGGCUUGUCCCGUUGUUGCCAAGGCUCGAGCGCGCGAAGUCGUAUGAAUAGGUCUGUUCAGAUACGAAGCUCUUUCCACAGAAUCAGGCGCUAGCUUUUCUUGUACCUCGCAUAUUUUGUUACCAUACCGGUCUCUCAUAGAUUUCAUUCUUGUCCUCUAGCUCUCAGUCGACU